GCUCGGGGUGUAUAAAAGGAGAUGGGGACUCUAAAAGAGGAAGAGCAAGCACUCGUCAACUCACUGCCAGGUCUGGUGUUUGAUAAAGAGAUUUCUUUUUUUACUUGAGAAAGACAACUUUUGAAGAUGUGGAAAGUCUUUGUGAUCGUUGGAGUUACACUGGUGUCAGCCUCAUGCCCGAAGGAUUGUCGCUGUCCCCCUGACACCCCCAGAUGUGCAGCAGGAGUCGGUCUCAUGCUGGAUGGCUGUGGAUGCUGUAAAGUUUGUGCGCGGCAGCUCUUUGAGGACUGCAGCAAGACACAGCCAUGCGACCACACAAAGGGACUGGAGUGCAACUUUGGCGGGGGAUAUGGCUCUGCAAAGGGCAUAUGUCGAGCCAAAUCAGACGGAAGAACAUGUGAGUACAACAACAAGAUUUACCAGAACGGGGAAAUCUUCCGUCCAAACUGCAAACACCAGUGCACUUGCAUGGACGGUGCUGUCGGAUGUGUGUCCCUCUGCCCACAUGAGCUCAUGCUGCCCAAAGUGGGCUGUGCCAAGCCCAAGCGUGUUAAAGUAAAGGGACGGUGCUGCGAGCAACUUGUCUGCCCUGAGGAGGCAAAGACAGAGGGAGAUGUGGUGAAGAAACACAAAGGAAAGCAGGGCAAAGACAGACUGUAUGAAGACGACCUUACCAACAGGAAUGAGCUGGCUCCUGUGUGGGGGGGGCAGUCACAUUCUUUACCUGCUUUCAGGAGUCACCCAAUAGGCCGCAUGUUGGUUAGAGGGGUCAAGUGUGUGUCUCACACCACAGCUUGGUCACCGUGCUCCAAAUCCUGUGGUACUGGAGUGUCCACCAGGGUGACCAAUAGCAACGCUCAGUGCAAACUGGUGAAAGAGACUCGGAUCUGUGAAGUCCGCCCAUGCAACCAAAAGACCUUUACCAGAUUAAAGAAAGGCCAGAAAUGUAACAACAUAGAAAAGGCCAGCCGUCCAGUCAAACUGUCCUACGCAGGCUGCCGUAGCCUGAAAAAGUUCCAGCCGAGGUACUGUGGGUCCUGCUCAGAAGGCCGGUGCUGCAGGCCUCACCUAACGCAGAUGUUACCUGUCAGGUUCCGAUGCAAAAAUGGAGAGACAGUGAGCAGGAUGGUGAUGAUGAUCGAGUCUUGCAAAUGUAACUUAAACUGCUCCGGCAGCAACAAGAAGAAACCUGCUCUCCACAGGCUUCAUAAUGAUAUCCACAAACUGAAAAUGGAGAGAUAAAGGAAGACACCAUAAGUGCUGACUGAUAAAAACAUUUGCACUUGAACUGCAUUGGUUAUAAUUUUGCUUCGUGACAUUGGAGCCUUGUGGUUUGCUUCAUUUUGAAGCAAGUUUUUUAUAAUUACAUUUUUUAAAUUCUUAUUUUUAUAGUUGAAUAAAAACAUGUUCUCCAAUUUUAUUUUUUUACACAUACUCAACAUAUUUUAAACUUCCCUUUACGAGACAUGUCACAUGACAACAUGGUAGUGACGUAAAAACUAAGGCAGCUACUAAAUCCGUCAUUACACAUAUGUCGCCAUGUUUGUUGAUUUACUGUAAAUUCUAUUUAUAAUUAAUAUUUCAUACUUCAUUUAGUGUAUUGUUAUAUCUAAUCAUGGGAUAUCAUACAAUAAUAUUUGUUUGACAUCCUCCACACCAGUGAUACUCAAUUUACAGCCCAUGGGCAAAAUCUGGCCCAUGAUAGGGUGCUGUGUGGCCCGUCGAGCAUUGUGACUCAAGUGAGUUGAGUAUCCCUGCUCUACACUCAUUUGCUUUUGUAAACUGUUUUAAUAUGACUGAAGAAUUUGAAUGAAUUUUAUGUCUUGAUUUUUCCACAAAUAAACACAUAAAACAUUG